AUGAUGAACAUCUCCUCAGGCAGUAGCAUUGGUUGCUUCGAUUUUGCUUCAGAUCAUCUGGACCGGAUUAACUGCACACUCAACUUUCAGCUCGAUUAUUAUAUCCGAAACCUAAAGACGGGGAUAUGUAUAUUGAAAUCCUUUGAUCUAUAUAUUAGAAAGUGUAGGAAGAGGAGGAGCAAUCAAUUUAUGCGUUUGGAAUGCGAUAAGGAGGAAAAUGGUGAUGCUAAAUCUGAUAGUUUCAGACUUAACAGUAUUUCGUUCAGGAUUCAAGAUCUAGUUAGGGGGAUAACACAUGGACUUGACUCUGCCUUUUUCAGACAUAUUCAGUCUAGUGCAUCAAAUCAUAGUGACAUCAGAUCUGAGCUCGCCAGACUCGAGGAUAAUAUGUGGUUGUUUUUUGAUUCAGAUAUCAAGGAAUUCGACAUCAUCAGUUUGUUUCUCUACUACUCGCUGGGAGAUUUACAACUUGUUGUGGAUUUCAUUGAUUCCAUUUCAGAGAAUCUGAGGCAUCUUUACGGCAGAUAUUAUAAAUUUGAUGAAGAUUUGAAAAUUGUAAUGCGAACCCUUCUAGAGAAGCUAAUGUUCUUGAAGAGUUUCAUUCGGUUUGUGACACUACAAGUUGUUGAGGGUGAGCACUUAAAAGAUCUGUUGGUUCACGUUGAAGUUGUGGCUGUCAAUGCUGCAAGCCUGAUCUGUAGAUCCUGGUUUCAAAGAGAUGAUAAACAAAUGUGCAAUGAGAUAAAAACUGAAAUUUCUCAAUUGAUACACAAGAAGAUUGAUCCUGUUGAUCCACAAGUCCGAGAAAUUUAUAUCCAUGUCUUGACAGCUUCCAAGUUAUCAAGAUCAUCCUACACGUUAGCUAUGGAGGAGAAUAAGCAUCAAUUGGCUGAAUUUAUUGAUUAUCUCCUGCUUAGUCUUAUGGAGCUAUUAGAAUCUUAUACCAGUUUCUUGGUUCCAGUGAAGGAUCAAAUGCUAAAACUCCACGAGGGAGUAAGAGUCCUAAUCAUCCUUCUUAGCCGGGUGCAGGAGAAGUUCAAUGAGCUAAAUGAUGAGAUGAAGGAUCUCAUUGGAGUUGUAGUUUCUGAUGCAGGAAUUGUGAUUUUCUCCCUUUCUGUGAAUGAAAUGAAAGAAGGCUUGCAGAAGGAAACAGAUCUAGCGCUUUCUCAUUUGCUUGAAGUGCUGAAGUUGAUCAUUGCAGAACUUGUGUGCAUUUAUCCACUACCAUCAUCAUCACUUAGUUUCCCUAAGACUAACGAGCUCGGCUCUCUUGAUUUUCUUCUUGAAAGUCUCAAGGAACUAGCAAGUUCUACUACUGAUUCAAUUGCUUUCCCAAACAAUUCAAUAUGCACAAUCCUAGAAGAUCUUGUAUUCUUAAGAGCUUUCCUAGGAAAUAUUGUGGAGCAGCGCAACCAAAAUGGAAAACUCCAAACUCUUUGGAGUCGUGUCAUGAAGGUUGCAUACAGUGUAGAAUUAGAAAUUGACUCUGCACUGCUUCGUGAUAAACAAGAAGGGUGUUUGAAUGCUUUUGCUGGAGAUAUCAAGCUUACGAAAAUUGAGGCUGAAGAGAUCUAUGAUAGCAUAAGAUAUGAUGGUGAAACCCUGAAAGUUACCAAGACUACCAUUCACAUGCCAUCACAAAUUGUUGCUCCAAUAUUUAAUGAAGCUCUAGUAGGUCUCAAUGACCAGGUGGAAAGUAUAAUUGAUAGACUUAUGAGAGGAUCAAGCCAGCUCGAUGUUGUUGCCGUGGUGGGUAUGCCUGGGCUUGGUAAGACAACUUUAGCCAAGAAUGUCUCCAGUGAUCCUUCAAUAAAGUUCCAUUUCCAUAUUUGUGCUUGGUGUGCUGUUUCUCAAGUAUAUAGCAAGAACAAUUUGUUACUGCAGAUUUUGUGUGUAAUUGAUUCUAGGAGUAGUGACCAAUAUCAUAAGAUGAAUGAAGAUGAUUUGGCUGCAAAGCUGUACCAGCAAUUGAAAGGGAAGAGGUAUGUCAUCGUUUUGGAUGAUGUUUGGGACAUUGAGGGGUGGAAUUUGUUGAAACACUCAUUGCCAGAUGAUUGCAUUGGAAGCAGGGUACUCUUAACCAGCAGAUUUCAUAACUUGUCUUUGGAAAUUAAACCUGAUAGCAAGCCUCUCCAUCUUCGCCCACUUACUGAUAAAGAGAGUUUGGAAUUGCUGCAGAAGAAGCUAUUUGCCAAAGAAGAUUGUCCUCCAACAUUAAGUGAAGUUGUACUGCACAUAGCAAAAUGCUGUAAGGGCCUACCUCUUGCAGUUGUCCUUGUUGCUGGAAUUCUUGAUACUAUUCAACAAGAUUGCUGGGAAGAAGUCGCAAGACGUCUAAGUUCCACCAUUUUUGUGGAAAAUGAACACUGCAUGAAGACACUUGAGUACAGUUAUAAUUAUUUACCUGAUUAUUUGAAACCAUGCCUUCUUUACUUGGGUGCAUUUCUGGAAGGCCGAGACAUUCCAGUCCGAAGGUUGUUACGGCUUUGGAUCUCUGAAGGAUUCGUGCGAAAGAUUGAAGGAAAGAGUUUAGAGGAUGUGGGAGACAACUAUUUGAUGGAUCUUAUUGGGAGAAGUUUAGUUAUGCCUACACAUCGAAGAUCUUUAGGUGGGAUCAAAGUUUGCCGAAUUCAUGAUUUGGUACAUGAGUUUUGUGUGGAGAAAGCAAAAGAAGAAAAUUUUCUUCAGAUUUUAUAUGGGGAUGACCUUCUUACUUUUACUAGACCAUAUAACCUCCACCGGCUAUCCAUUUUCCAUGCUACCAGUUGGGAACUUAUAAAGUCAAGGCUGUUUUUUCCCAAUUUGCGUUGUUUGCUCUUCCCUGAUAGUAAAUAUGGACGGCCGCUGGAUGGAAGCUCACUCAAAUUUCUGUUAUCUAAACUUCUUAGAGUGUUGGAUUUGGGGGAGAUGGUUAGUCGGUAUUUUCCAAGGGAAGUAUUAUUCCUUGUUCACUUGCGGUGCUUGAGGAUUCAAUGGGAAAUUGGGAAAAUCCCAUCUGCAAUAGCCAACCUCUCAAGGUUAGAAACUUUGGCUAUAGGAGGACCCGUUAUUUUUAAUCUUCUGUUACCGAACGCUAUCUGGAACAUUAAAACAUUAAAGCAUCUUGUCGUUUUCCCAAAUUAUGGAACUGGUGGUUUCGAAUUUCCCAUAGACAAUCUUGAAGGAUCCCCAGAUUUAGAGCACUUAGAAACUUUAUCCCUUGCAAUCGAUCCCUCUUCUCAAAGUCAAAGCUUGCAAAAGAUACUCUCAAAGUUACCGAGCAUCCGCAGGCUAACAUGCGUGAAUGGGAAUCACAAUUGGGAUUCUGAAUACGGCGCAUCUGCUGAAUAUCACGAUGCGAUUCUCAUGCUGGACUACUUGAGUCGUUUAGAAUCACUUAAAAUGGGUAGAUUUGCUGGAUAUGAGUUUGUAUUCCCAUUGAAUUUGAGAAAGUUGACUCUUUUAAAUAGUCGUCAGCCAUGGAGUAAAAUUUCAGCAAUUGGAAAGCUGCCUAACCUUAAAGUGCUUAAAUUAUACUAUGAUUCCUUUGUGGGGGAAAAAUGGGAAAUGGAAGAAGGGGAGUUCCAAAAUCUCCGAUGCUUGAAAUUUUCAAGCUUGGACAUUCGCUGGUGGACUGCAUCAUGUGAUAAUUUUUGCUGUCUUGAGAAAUUGGUUUUAGAGAAGUGUUUAUGUCUGGAAGAGGUCCCUUCUUGUUUAGGGGAAACCCUUACUCUUGACAUGAUUGAGGUGAAAUGGUGUCAUGAGUCUGCCAUAAAUUCUGUGAAGCAAAUUCAGCAAGAACAGAUGGAUAUGGGAAAUGAAGAUCUAAAGAUCGUUAUUAUUAUUUAA